GGAAAAUAGAAGUGGAGAGAUAAGAUACCCAAUGGAGGUGUUUAUUUAAGUGGUGUCAUGUCUCUGGCACAUACCAACAACAGGGUUUGUCUGAGCGGUCAGCUUUGUGAGAAGCUCACAAUACCGAGACUACGAAGGAAUUAAAACAGGCUGACGGAGGGAUCAGUGAGGCUACCACUUUUUUCUCCCACAUUUUGCCCUAAGGUUGACCAGGGCAGCCAUGAGUAAACAGACAACUCUGGCAACAUGCAUUGCCAAGAUGUAUGAGGGUGGCAGGUUGGAAAACUCUGGAACUCCAUCUGGGACGAUAAAAAAGCCAAGUCAAACUCUCAUAGGAAGCCUGAGCAAUGUGGAGGUCAAGUUGAACGCAUUGGAAGGGAAGGUGGAGCAGAUCGAACGCACCCAGAUGGAGGUGCUUCACAAGCUAGGUUCCUUGUGCCAAGGCAUGGAAGCUCUGGAAAGGACAUUUAUGCAGCCCAAGCCUAGCGCUCAAGAAUCAAACACUAUCAAAAAUGGCCAGCGGGAGAGCAAGCUCCCUUUGCUGACCGAGGUCAAAUCGCUUUGUGGAGAAACGGUGGAUCUGCUUCACAAUCUAAAGCAUGAGAGCCAGCAACAGAGGAAGAAGAUUGAAUGCAUGGAAAGUUCUUUAUCCACUCUUGAGAAAGUAUUAGGGUAUGUGGGAGACGCUUUUCGAAACUCAAAGAUAGUAGAGUUUAUCCUCAAUGGUGUGGUGCCAUGGAGGAGACAAGGCCUUCUGGACACUGUGGAGGAAGAGAAAAACAAGCCAGAUGUCAACAACAUUAAACCAAACGUCGGUUUCUGCCACCAGAGCACACAGACUUCACAACAGGUUAAAGAAGUUAUUUCAGCUGAGCUUGAGCUCCAGCAGACGAAGGUCACUCUUCCCAAUGACCGAAGCAGCCAACCUUCUCCUGAAGUCUAUACAGGGGCAGGUGAACCUUUGAAACCUGUUAGUGCAGGAGAAAGCUCAAAAGCCUUACAAAAGGCCAAAGAGGUCUCUGUGAAAAGCAGUGAGCCCACACAUGUCCAGACAUUUGCUCCUGCAGUCCAUCUAGAGGCUGAGCAGAUUGACGUGGAUAAUGUUCCUAAGCAAGAGACAAACAGCUUGGUCGCAGCUCCGGCUGAUGCUAAAUGUGUCAUUGAGACAAUGACUAAAGUGGAAAAAGAUAUAGCGCUUCAGCAAGAGAGAGCUCUUGAACGGGCAGAUGCUUCACAUGUUGAAGAUAAGGUUUUGCUCAAAUCAAUAAUUCCUGGACAGCAAUUGGAGAAGGUUGAGGUUCCUCAACAACAGGCAGAGGUUUCAGUGGUUGUUGAUGAGGAUUCGUUAGAACCAUCAGUUCCUGGACAACAACUAGAUAAAAAGGUGGAGGUUCUUAAAAAACAAACAAAGGAUUCACCGGUUGUAGAUGAAGACUCAUUAAAACCAUUAGUUCCUGGACAAAAACAACUAGAAAAGAAGGUGGAUGUUCCUGAUAAAGCUCAGAAGAAGGUUGAUGUUCCUCAUGAAGCUCAUAAGAAGGUAGAGGAGGUUCCUCAAAAAGAUGAGCUCUGCAUAGAAAAGCCUUUUAUCAGACAUGCAGAAAUUAAAACACAACAUGAAGAGACAGUGAAGAUGGAAACACCAGAGCCAAAACAUGAUGAGAGCAAGUGUCCAACUGAAACAGAUGUUGAGAAAACUGAAAAUAAAAAUGCAGAUGUCACUUUAGAGUCUGAUAAAGUAACGAUCUGUGCUGUUAGUCCACAAAAUACAAGCCUUGAUGAGGAUGGGAAAAGUAAAGCGGCACCUCUAAGGAAAGCUAUUUCGACACUGCUGAUCAUUGAUGAUAGCCCACCUUUGCCAGCCCCAUUCGACCAUCGCAUUGUCAGUGCCAAGCAGGUCCCCAUUAACUCAUAUUAUGCUGUCAACCCUGUCGAGGUUCUAGGCGGAGGCCGAUUUGGACAGGUACACAAGUGCGCCGAACUGUCGUCAGGACUUACGCUGGCCGCUAAGAUAAUAAAAGUCCGCGGAAUGAAAGAAAGGGAUGAAGUGAAGAAUGAGAUUGGAGUUAUGAACCAGCUAAAUCACGUGAACCUGAUUCAACUAUAUGAUGCUUUUGAGUCUCGAACGAACCUCACACUCAUUAUGGAAUACGUGGAGGGCGGCGAAUUGUUUGAACGAAUCAUUGAUGAGAAUUACCAGCUGACGGAGCUGGAUGCCAUCGUGUUUACCAGGCAGAUUUGCGAAGGGGUUCAGUACCUUCACCAGCAGUACAUUCUCCAUUUAGAUCUUAAGCCGGAAAAUAUCUUAUGUGUGAACAGCACAGGCAAUCAAAUCAAGAUCAUUGACUUUGGACUUGCCAGAAAGUACAGGCCCAGGGAAAAGCUGAAGGUCAACUUUGGUACCCCAGAGUUUCUGGCACCAGAAGUUGUCAACUAUGACUUUGUGUCAUUUCCUACAGACAUGUGGAGUGUUGGUGUCAUCACAUACAUGCUUUUGAGUGGCCUUUCUCCAUUCAUGGGUGACAACGACGCAGAAACAAUGAACAACAUUCUGCACGCCAAGUGGGAAUUUGACGCGGAGGCAUUCGAGAAUGUGUCAGAGGAAGCCAAAGACUUCAUAUCCAGCCUUCUUGUGUCCGCCAAAUGCAGCCGAUUGAGUGCAUCAGGAUGCAUGAAGCACAGCUGGCUAAAUAACCUGGAGGACAAGGCCAAGAUGUACAAAGUUCGGCUGAAGUCUCAAAUGAUGCUUCAGCGUUACCUUGUUGCACACCGUCAGUGGAAGAAACACUUCUACGCAGUGGCAGCAGCAAACAGGCUGAAGAGGUUUCAGCAAAGCAGAUCAAUUAGUACACCAAAUUAGCUAUUAACCUGGAGGAUAGUGGACAUCACAACAUCGCACAUUGAACUUGUCUGAAUGGUUUUAAAAUGGCUUCACAGUACGUGUUCAAUAUGUGCUUGCCUGCCUUCUUGUUAAAAGGGUCAUAUUUUCCCUAAUGUUUUACCUUGCAACACCAUUGCAUUUCAUUUACACGUCUUCAUCAUGCUUUCACACCGGGAGUGUAGAGCAUGGAUGGCAGGGUGUGCUUUUGAACCACAUGAAAAAGCGGUCGUCCCUUCUGUGAAGGUGUUUUCCUUGGGCACUUCUGCCUUAUACUAGUAUUUGAAUGUUGCUUUUGUCCUCAUGGAUUGGCAUUUUAUAUAUUUAGAAAAAAAAAAAUAGCAUGAAUAUUUGAUGUAGAAACACAUUGGUAAUCCUAUAUUUUUAUUAUUUUUAGCAUGUUCAUUACAGCCGGAAACAAAAUGUUAACUGGAUACAUUUUCAAUAUAAAUCUUUAUAUUUGAAACCUUUUUAUUUGUUGUUCAGGAUUUCCUGAAUGUUAAUCCAUACUGUGACUUGAAACUGUUUCCUGGGUAUUGACUGCAUUAGCAGAUGUAUACAUUCAUAUGGUGAGAGCACGAGCACCAAUACAUGCACAAAGGUGGUUUUGCUCAUGGCAUGGCAACCAGCAAUCAAGAGCACAGAAUCAUAGGGUAGUCCUGUUUUGCUAUUCUGUAGAGUGUGCUUGCGUAGAUAGCAUUGAACGGGAAUAUUUUUCAGUGUAAUACUAAACGUCACCGAUUUUCUGGGUAGAAAAUGUCUAAUCAAGUCAAAAAAUGAGAAGUUAAAUUGUGUCAAGAACACCCAUUUUAUUCACAUUAAAAUCAAAGUGGAAGCAAAUGAGUCAUGUCUUAUUGAA